AUGGGACGUUCACCAUGUUGUGACAAAGUUGGUUUAAAGAAAGGUCCAUGGACUCCAGAAGAAGAUCAAAAACUCUUGGCUUAUAUCGAAGAACACGGCCAUGGAAGUUGGCGCGCUUUGCCAGCUAAAGCUGGUCUUCAAAGAUGUGGGAAGAGCUGCAGAUUAAGAUGGACCAAUUAUCUUAGACCUGAUAUUAAGAGAGGAAAGUUUAGUUUGCAAGAAGAACAAACAAUUAUUCAACUUCAUGCUCUCUUAGGGAACAGGUGGUCAGCUAUAGCUACACAUUUGUCAAAGAGAACAGAUAAUGAGAUAAAGAAUUAUUGGAACACACAUUUGAAGAAAAGGUUAACAAAAAUGGGAAUUGAUCCAGUUACUCACAAACCUAAAAAUGAUGCACUUCUUUCUUCAAGUGAUAAUGUUCAUUCAAAAACAGCUUCAAAUCUUAGUCACAUGGCUCAAUGGGAAAGUGCUCGUCUUGAAGCUGAAGCUAGACUUGUUAGAGAAUCCAAAAUCCGUUCACAUAAUUCACUUCUUCAUAAUAAUCAUAAUCAUUUGAAGGCUUGGAAUAUUAAUCUUGAAUCUCCUACUUCAACUUUAUCUUAUAAUGAGAAUGUUCCACCAAUUAUUAUGAGUAGUGAAGGAAUUGGAGGAGAGAAAAACAUCAAUGAUAUUGAGAAAAAUAGUAACAAUAAUAAUAAUGUUAAUGAUGAUGAGAACAAUGUUGUUGUGUCUAUGAUCGAGUUUGUAGGGACAAACUCAAGCUCAAUUGUGAAAGAAGAAGGUGGUGAUGAUCAAGAAAAUUGGAAAGAUUAUGAAAGUUUUACAUCAAAUCUUCAUCAUGAGUUAACUAUGUCAAUGGAUCAAGGUGGUGUUGGAGAUGUUAUUGCUGAAGAAGGGUUUACUAAUCUUUUGCUUAAAACAAAUUCUGAAGAUUUGAGUUUGUCAGAAAGUGGUGGAGAAUCUAACAAUGGUGGUGAUGGUGGAAGUGGAAGUGAAUUCUAUGAAGAUAACAAUAACUAUUGGAAUAGUAUUCUUAAUUUAGUUAAUUCAUCACCUUCUCAUUCCCCAAUGUUUUGA